AUGAAAAAGAAAGAACUUGAAGAGCAGAGACAAGGAAUAGUUCCAGUGAAGCCGUCAACACCAGCUGUUCCCAUGACAGGAGCUCUGCAGGCCAUAGGAGCCAUCAAUGUUGCCAACAAACCUUCUGUGGGGCAGGCGGAAGAAAAGCCAGCAGUGCCCCUCACUAACGCCCUGCAAGCUAUUGCUGGUGCUGCAUCAGAGACAGAGAGACCAAAGAGUAGCCACCAAGUCAAGAAAGACAACAUUUUGAAGAAGUUAAAUGAUAAGAACCCGUCCAGAGGUAAAUGGGGACCACCUGCAUCUCCGGCAGUUACAGAGGAAGAAGAGCGCAGGAGGUGGGGUCCUCCUGCCUCACCUGUGGUAGAACCUGCCACACAAGGGGAGGAAGACAGCAGCAGAUCUCACUGGGGCGGGGGGAAAAACCUGCAUCUGAGUCAAGUACCAUUGGAGAUGACUGGGUCAAAGAUGGAAGCCACGACACGAAGAGACCAGGUGAUCAGGUUGACGGAGGAAGACAAGGAUGCUCAACGAAGCAGGUGGAAGAGAAAGUCUGAUGUGGUCAAGGCGCUGGACAAUAUAUAUGUCCAGAUAUAG